CAACUCACCUUGGUUGCCACAGCAAAAGUCCGUUCCGGACCCGGCAAUAACCAUGCCCAAGACAACCAAGACAGCCAAGGCCAAGAUAAAGGGCCGAUGGACGGCAGAGGAGGAUGCGAUUAUCAUAGAAAUGGUGGCCAAGCACGGGCCGCGCAAGUGGAACACGGUCAUUGCUGAGCGGCUGGAGGGCCGGGUGGGCAAGCAGUGCCGUGAGCGGUGGCACAACCAUCUGGAUCCGUCGAUCUCUAAGGAGCCGUGGACGGCCAAGGAGGAUGAGAUCAUCAUCGAGGCGCACGCGCGACUGGGCAACAAGUGGGCGGCGAUUGCCAAGCUGCUCAAAGGGCGGCCGGACAACGCUAUCAAGAACCACUGGAACUCAACACUCAAGCGGCGGGUGAACGGCGCCGAGGGCUCGCCGUCAGGCGGGCGGCGGGCCAAGAAGGCGCCGCAGACGCCGCAGUCACGGCGCGGGCGGAGCAAGGCGGGCUCGAUGAUUUCGCCGGGCACAGCGCGUGCGCGGACGUCGUCGCGGCUGGACUCUGCCGUCUCUGCCCUGAAUGCUAUCACGCCGGCCAACAAGGGUGCGCGAAUGGCGCGUGGCGGAUCACCAUCGCCGUCGCGGCGGUGGCCGCGGAGCCGGACAGGCGCCCUGGAGCGCGGUAUUGCCCUCACGGCUGACGAUGAGGACGCCGCGGCGCAGUUGGCCACCAUCUACACGUCGACGCCACCGCACUCUGCGCCGCAGUCCAAGACGACGUCGCCAGUGCCGCCGUGCCCGCUCCCGCUGGGCACCUUUUCUGAGUCGUUUGUCCCGCAGGCGGCGACGGUCCAGGUUGUGCCGCAGGCGCGGCGAGGCCCGUUUGCGCCGCUCACGCCGCUGGCGGUCGGCGAGCGUGCGCGCGGCGUCGCGGCACCAAUGACCGCCGAGGAGCAGGAGCUCCUCUCCAUGGCCCAGUUUAUGGCCAGCUCGUCAGCGGCGACCUCGCCCGUCCGGGCUACGGCGCCGCCGCCGGGCGAGCGCGCGGCAACGCGCUCUCCGUUUGUACCGCACGUCGGAGCCAAGCGCCGCCGCCGGCCGUCGGGAUCGGACUCGAGCGACGAGAACUCUGGCGCCGGCGCCGGGAGCGUUGCCGCGGAUGCCGGCUCGUCGUCGGCCUCCGCCGCCAUGCCCAUCUCGCCGUCGCCGCUCGCCGAUCCGGGCGCCCGCCCCGAGUUGGCCAACACGGCCUCGCGAUUCAACACGCUCCAGUCGCGGCUGCAGGACCAGCUCGAUGCCGCCGCCGGCGAUGCCCUCGCCGCCGCCCGUGUCCAGCGCCCGCCGACCAAGCGGGCCAAGUCGCUUGUCGCCACAUCCGAUGGCAAUAUCCACAGCGACGCCUAACCCAAGCCGCACCCCGCUAGUCAUGCGUAGUCACCUCGUGUCAAACGCAACUGUAACUGUC